AUGGACGCCUUCAAGACGGCAGAAGUGAAACGGAUGGAAUACGGAGGCAACAAGCCUUGGAAAGAGUUCUUCAAUGCCCACAGCAGCAACAAACUUCUUGGGCGGGACUUCGACAGCUGCACGAUCAGUGAACGAUAUGAUAGCGAGGCGGGCGAGGAGUGGAAAGACAGGCUGACGUCCAAGGUGGAGGGAACGGAGUAUGUGCCCGGCACGUCUAAGAGAAAAGAGCCAGUGGCCAAGAAGGCGACGGUGGAGAGUGCUGGCCCUACACCCUCUGGCAGUGGCAGGAAUACACCAAUGGGCAACGUGCGGUCACCACCACCUCAGAGAACCGCCUCGCCUUCACAGAAAUCUCGCAACGAAGCCUACUUCGCUUCCAAAGGCUCCGAAAAUGCCUCGCGCCCUGAAGGACUCCCACCUUCUCAAGGCGGCAAGUACGGUGGCUUCGGUUCUGGACCUCCUCCCACUGCCUCAUCGAGCAACGGCGGCUUCCAGGACGAUCCUGUUGCAGCCCUGACAAAAGGAUUUGGCUGGCUCUCUUCCAACCUCACGAAACAAGCAGCCACCAUCAACUCGACGUACCUUCAACCAGGUCUGCAAAACCUCGCGCAACAGGACUUUGCCGCUCAAGCCCGCCAGACUGCUUUGCAAGCUGGCACGUUUGUUCAGCAGGGCGCAAAAGGGGUAGGCGACCAGUUCAACAAGUUCGUCGAUCCGGACAUGCCACAGUCUGGUCAGCAGAGCGGCGGAGCCCCAAGACGAGCCGAGCCAGCACAAAAGGACUUUUGGGACUCUUUCGGACAACCACCAGCAGGGCCACCGAAGGAGAAGCAGUCCUUCUGGGACGACUUUGCUGCGGCGGGUGAGCAGAAACAGGUGCAAGCACAGCCCAAGCCAAGCAGCAUCGGCACCAGCGCCAUGAAGACGACUACCGGUACUGGUGCAGGCGGCGCUGGAGCGAAGAAGGAUGAUGACGAAUGGGGCGCAUGGUAG